ACGCCGCGAGCGCGCGUCGCGCAUUUCCGCCUCUGGCGAAUGGCUCUGGCUUAGGGCGCGCGCCGCGCCGCGGGGGCUCCAGCUGCGACCCCGGCCCCGCCCACAGGACCCCAGCCAUGGAGGGUCUGUUACCCAUGAUCUUUGCCUCAGAUUCACCCCCUACCCGGGGCCCUUUCGUGGAGAUCAUUGAGCAGCCUAAGCAGCGGGGGAUGCGCUUCCGCUACAAGUGUGAAGGUCGCUCGGCAGGGAGCAUCCCGGGGGAGCGCAGCACGGACACCACCAAGACCCACCCCACCAUCAAGAUCCAUGGCUACUCAGGACCAGGGACUGUCCGAAUCUCCCUGGUGACCAAGGAGCCUCCUCACCGGCCUCACCCUCAUGAGUUGGUGGGGAAGGACUGUAGGGAUGGUUUCUAUGAAGCUGAGCUCUGCCCUGACCACAGCAUCCACAGCUUCCAGAACCUGGGGAUUCAGUGUGUGAAGAAGCGAGAUCUGGAGCAGGCCAUUGCCCACCGAAUGCAGACCAACAACAACCCCUUCAAUGUUCCUCUGGAAGAACAGCGGGGAGACUAUGACCUGAAUGCCGUCCGGCUCUGCUUCCAAGUGACCAUUCGGGACUCUACAGGCAGGCCCCUUGUCCUGCCCCCUGUCCUGUCCCAUCCCAUCUAUGACAACCGGGCCCCCAACACCGCGGAGCUGAAGAUCUGCCGUGUGAACCGCAACUCGGGGAGCUGCCUGGGUGGGGACGAGAUCUUCCUCCUGUGCGACAAGGUGCAGAAAGAGGACAUCGAGGUGUGCUUCUCGGGGCCUGGAUGGGAGGCGCGCGGAUCCUUCUCCCAGGCCGACGUGCACAGGCAGGUGGCCAUCGUGUUCCGCACGCCGCCAUACGCCGAGGCCGCCUUACAGGCCCCCGUGCGGGUCCACAUGCAGCUUCGGCGGCCUUCUGACCGGGAGCUCAGCGAGCCCAUGGAGUUCCAGUAUCUGCCAGACACAGACGAUCGACACAGAAUUGAAGAGAAACGCAAGAGGACGUUGGGCACCUUUAAGAACAUCAUGAAGACGAGCCCUUUCAGUGCAGGCAAUCCUGAUACCUGGACACCCCCCAGACGCAUCGCCGUGCCCUCCCGCACCACAGCCUCUGCUCCCAAACCCCCAGGUAUCCUUCCUGGCCUGCCUUCCUCAGUGCCCCAGCCCUACACCUUCCCACCAUCCCUCAGUACCAUCAACCUGGAGGAGCUUUCUCCCAUGGUCUUUCCAGCUGGCCAUGUCCCAGCCCCAGCCCUGGCCCCUGCCUCUACGCCAGCCCCCUCCCUGGUUCCAGCCCCCCCCACGACUGCCCCUGCCCUGCCACCCAUCUCCCAGGCUGGGGAGGGAACGCUGUCCGAGGCCCUGCUGGGGCUGCAGUUUGAUACAGAUGGAGAUCUGGCCGAGAUUCUGGCUGACCCUGACAGCACCUACACCAACCUGGCAGCCAUCGACAAUUCGGAGUUCCAACAGCUGCUGAACCAGGGGAUGCCAGGGACCCUCGAAGGGCCUGGGCCCUCAGGGGAGCCCAUGCUGAUGGAAUACCCCGAGUCAAUCACCCGCCUUAUGACAGGGUCUCAGCGGCCCCCCGAGCCAACCCCAGCUCCUCCGGGGGCCUCGGGGCUCGCCAACGGUCUGCUGGGGGCAGAUGAAGUCUUCCCCUCCAUGGGGGAUUUGGACAUAUCGGCCUUCCUAAGUCAGAUCAGCUCUUAAGUAAGGCUGAUGGGUGUCCGGGGGACCCUGAGCCCCGGGCCAGUGGGGGACAGCUGGUCCCCCCGGAUUCCACCUCUGGAUGCCAUGGGCCGCUGACGCCACUUUUAUUCCCUUGAAUUUCUCUUGGGGGGGCUGUCUUCCCUCGGGCUGGGAGGAGUGAACCCUGUUUCAAUAUUUUAUCUGCAGUAUAUCUCCAUUUUGGAGGUGCUUAAGUAAAAGCAUUAACUCCUCUGAAGAAGGGGGUCAAUGGGGGGCUGGGGAGGACUCUGCCUGUAGCUCCCAGUGAAUGACCCUCCCCUGUCUGGUGGCUCCCUGGACCUGGGGAUGGAGGGCUGGGGGACCCUCACCAGGUCUUCUCCCCAUGCCAUGGAGCUGGGUUUGAGGUAACACCCCCUCCCUAAGCACCUUCCACUGGGCUUCGGUUAAACUGGGCCAAGCUCUAUGCCCUUCCUUUCACUUUGCGCCUGACACCAGUGUCCUUAACAGCAUUUAGACAGCUCUGCCAAGGGCCCUCCAGCUCCUUUCCCCGGGAGCGGGCAGAGGGAGCUGGGCAGGGUGAGGGUCCCCCUUACUAGGCUUCCAGGAGAAGAGGGGGAGCCCCUUUCUUCAAGUGCCUUCCUAGGGCAGAUCGCCCCUGUGGUGGGGGACCACAAGAGGUGGGCCGGGGGCCCCGCCAUCUCUUCUCCAAGUGGUUGGCUGGACUGCUUUUUACUCAACUAAUAAAGGUCUCUCCAAACG